AUGCACUGCAGUUUCCCCUGCCUGCAACUCAUCUCCCAGUUUGUCUGUGCCUUCCUAUCCCUGGCAGCCUUCGUCCCUGCUGCUCCCUCGAGGCGUGCUCCCGUUGACCUGAGAGCCUGGAGGGAGAGGGAUGAACCGCUGGAGGACCGUGUGAUCUUUGAUGGAGAGGAGGAUUGGGAGGAGGGGGGCACCAACGUGACAUCUGGUUUGGGUGCUCUGCCAGGGGCCGCGCUGCGCCUGCUGGGCACCCUUGCCGACCGCAUCACCGCCACGGCGGUACAGCUUGCGCCCCAGGACGUCUCGCCGGGCGUCGUGAAGACGGCUGUGAAUGCCGGCCUGAUCAUCGUGCUCCUCGGCUUUGCCAGGAGCAUCCUCUCCUUCUUGGUGACAAUCGGAACCCUGGUACUCGGAGCCUACCUGGCGAUCAAGGUCUUCCGCAUCAACAUCCCCACGCUCAACCAGGACAGGGGAGACGGCAGGCAUCGUGGUGGUCCCCAAGGCGGCUCGAGGAGGACCCAGUCGGGCGCGGCGCGGUACAGGUCGGAGUUCCAGGGGCUGCUGGGGGCACGCGACGCGGUAAAGAACGACGACCUGAUGGACGUGGUGUUUGCGCCCAAGCAGAAGAAGGGCAAGGACGGGAGGCGGCCCGGCAGGCCGGUCCGCAGGUGA